AACGUACGCAGGUGGGGUGAUGGGGGUGUUAAAAGUUCGCGUGCCUACACGGAGGGGUCAAGUUUUGACAGAUUUGUGCGGACCGACUCAAUGGAUGUCCCCCAACGGCGUCUCGCCGCCGCAGCCUCAGCGGCCCGUAACGUAACAUCGCUCCCGUUGAGAUGAUCCCGAUGUUAACGAGCCUCCAAGCGUCGGAAACCGGUCAAAUUGACCAGAGCGUUGCCCAGAAAUUGGGUAGAUAAAGCAUGGCGUAUACACGACCUUUUUUGGUUUGUUACAAGUAUGUAAACGACGUUUUACCCUGACAGCAAACCCCACCACCACCACCACCUACAGUUUCCGUGCAGCUGAUCGGAAUAUUUCCGAGGAACGAGAGAUUCAUGUUUGGAAAGUAUUGCCAUAAUCCGUGCCAGCGCAUGAUUUACUGAAAAUAGUUUGAUAUCAUCCUGGCUGCAUUGGAACCAUUUGUUCAUCCACUUUUGAUAGUAAAUUAAUCAUUAAUUCCCCCCUCCCCUGCAGAUGGCUGCAGAGUGAUCUGAAUAGGAUUUUACUUACACGAAUACCUGCAGACAACCGCCAGGAGCACCAGAGCCGGCAGCGCUGCUGUGUGCAGCCGUUACGAGCGAACGGCAUGGCUGUUCUGUUAAUCGAGCCCUUCUAUGGCGGCUCACACAGGCAGCUGAUGGACCUGCUGGCACAGGAGCUGGGCACCGGCUGUUCGCUGCACACGAUGCCCGCCAAGAAGUGGCCGUGGCGAGCGCGCACCUCCGCCCUCUACCUCUCGCAGACGAUCCCUGCCAGCCACUCUUACAGGGUGCUGUUCGCCAGCUCGGUGCUGAACAUCGCUGAGGUCGUGGCGCUGCGGCCGGACCUGGCGACGCUCCACAAGGUGCUCUACUUCCACGAGAACCAGCUCGUGUACCCCGUGCGCAGUGCCCGCGAGCGAGACUUUCAGUACGGAUACAACCAAGUGCUGUCCUGCCUCACCGCAGAUGUGGUCGUGUUCAACUCGCGGUUCAACAUGGAGUCGUUCCUGGGCUCCAUCUCGGGUUUCAUGAACGCGAUUCCCGACCAUCGGCCUCGUGACUUGGAGGCUGCCAUCCGUCCGAAAUGCCGCGUCCUUCAUUUCCCCAUUCGCUUCCCUCCCUCCAACAGCCGUUUCUUUCAGGGUGAGCCAGACGAUGCGUUUGGGAGCACGGAGUCAACCACGGAAGCCGACAUCCACUCUCCCCGCCAAGGCGACCCGGACUGGACUGGGCCAGCCGUGAAUGAUGAGAAAAUUCCCUGCGCUGCUUCCGGACCGUCUUUGCCUCCUUCUCCUCGUCGUGCGAGAGGAGCUCAGCCACUUCACAUCCUGUGGCCUCACCGCUGGGAACACGAUAAGAAUCCCGAGCUCUUCUUCGAGACGUUGUUCAAGCUGAAGGAAGCGGGCUGCUCGUUCAGAGUUUCCGUUCUGGGUGAAGCCUACAGCGUGGCGCCAUGUGUUUUCGAGGAGGCUCGCAGGCGGCUCGCGGACGAGAUCCUCCACUGGGGCUUUCAGGCGAGCCGGGAGGACUACUACGAGGUCCUCGCGGCGGCGGACGUCGCCAUCUCCACUGCCAAACACGAGUUCUUCGGCGUUGCCAUGCUUGAAGCGGCACACUGCGGAUGCUACCCUCUCUGCCCCGACGCCCUGGUCUACCCCGAGAUCUUCCCCGCUCAGUGUCUGUUCAGGACACCCGCGCAGCUGCUGAAGCAGCUGAGAUAUCUGUGUGCGAGGCCUGCCUCACUGCGGCAGCGCUCGGUCAAGAUGGACACAACCCCUUUCUCCUGGGUCACUCUCCGGCCACAGUACUUGUCGCUGCUUACGGCACCAGCUGGACUUGCAACGGAUGGGCGACAAGUGGACUCUGCAUCCCCCUCGGAGUGACUCUUCGUUUGUGUUAGUAAUAAUAUCCAAAAAAAAGCCUCAACAUGACUGAAGACUUUUUCACAGGAGGGGCUUUUGGCCACCACAGUUAGCCAGGGUGCAUGGACAUAACCAUGCAUACAAGGGCAUAACAAAGCCUUACACAGAUGGAAGCGAUCUUCUAUUUGCUGUACUUGCAAUCUCCUGGAAACUUGGCAGUUUUAUGAUUUUACAUGGACCAGCAACCCUUGUCUCCAAAGUGCAAAUGCCCACCAAGUGCUGUCCUCAGCACAACUCACAACCUCCUCUCUAUACCAAGGACCAUCGCCGCCCGGCGUCUGGAAUGCCAUCCCACUGCCACAUUCGCAGCAGCGUUUAGUCAACACCGACCCUUAACCCUUUCCCCUUCCGAGACGUCUGCGAGUUGCAGGGUGGGCGUCCCCCGUCCACCGCUGAAUCUCGGAACGUGCAAGCGGUUGGCAUUAGUUUCAUUUAGAGGCGUAGCACCGUUGUAUUUACAGAGGCGUAGUGCCGCAGAAAACUGCAGCGACACGACCACACUCUGAUGGCUGGUGCCAAGCUGUGCCACACGCCCUCCCAAUCUUGUGGGAGGCUCGGUAAUGUCUUCUGACUAGAAAAUGUAAGUGAUAAACUUAUUUUAUUUUUAAAUGUCUUCUGAUUUCAGGGUUCAGAGAAGGUAAAGGCCCCACCAUGUUUUUUUAAAGACUGCCUCAUUCAGCUGGCUUUGCUCCAGACCUCAGCGUCGUGGCCAUCUGUAUUACAAAUUGCAUUGUCAUUGCUAAACACCGGGGGUGGAAUGUGAAUGAAUCGUCGUACUUCAGGACAAUUAAUUCAAGAAUGUAUUUUCCUACAUCUUGAAUGGAGCAGCCUCUAGCGGCUGGAAGGUUCAUGUGAAUCUAUUGCAAUGCGAAUCAAAAUGUAUUGAUGCUUGUAUCGGGAGCUAAACAUUUUUUAAAUCCUGAGCAAAACACGUUCCACCUUUAGUAUUAAACCCAAAGCCAGACCAAUGUUUAGAUACGAGGGCUGUACAACAGAGAAAUAGCAUCAACACCGCAGGAGUCUUCAGAGUGUGACUGGGUUAACAUCUUUAAUAAACUGGCAAAAAUACUGCUAAUUUCAAAUAUGUUAACGAUGCCAAGAAAUCACACGCAUGCCUAUGAGCGAAAAAGGAAUGAUUUCAGGAAUUCUGGUUGAACACCUUUUACAUUUUCAACGUUAACAAAAAAAACAGUGUUAUAGACAAUGUACAAGAAAUGUCUUUCACAAAUGUUCCACAGUUACUGUAUUUUUUAAUCUGUCGCAAUAAACUCUUGGAAAUGUC